AUGGUUCCUAAAAAUCCCAGCAUCCAACCUAAAAUCCGUAUGCCCGCGGACAAUGUAAUUUCCAUAUCGGAUUCCCUAAAGGCAAGCGAGAUAUGGAAAAAAGCUGUCGGUUAUGACCCUUAUCACCGUAAAAGCAAGGAGGGGGAUCCAAAGGAUACUUUCACAAUGAAUGCUAAAGCGAAUGAGUUGUUCGCCAGAGCAAGAAUUCUCGGGAAUAUCCCAGAAUCAACUCCUGGAGCUUGCCCAAAAUGUGGACAAAUUGGACAUUUAUCCUUCCAAUGUCGUAACUAUCUUUUACCCCCCGAACAACUCCAAAGUUUAAUACCUAAAUCAAAUGACCGUUCAGAGGCCGCAGGUGAUGGAUUGGGGAAGGGUAAAAAAAGGAAACGACACAAAGAUGAUUCCGAUGAAGAUUUUCACAGGCGCCACAGCCACAGAAAUCACCGUAUGGAUAAAGAUAAGGAAAGGCGCCGCCAAGGCAGAGAUUUGGGCAAAUAUAGUGAUAAAAGCGGGGGUCAAGAUAGGAAUCGCGAUAGGCAUAGAAAAGAUGAUAAGAGAAGAUGA